ACAUUCACACCAGGAAUUCUUUCCAGACUGAGAGCCUUCUUACCCCAUCUGCCCAGCACUCACAGGGCACAGGAAGCCCCAGACCUGCUCAGAUCUGCGGCUGAUCAUGAACAACCCCAGGGAACUAUCUAGGUUACCACUUCUUCUGAGAAACCUGAACCAGCUCCACCCUCCAGACCUGACAAGUCCUGCUAACAGGGACCUCACUUCUUACCUUGUCACUGGGGAGCCAGCCAGGCCAACGGGAUGCCACUGCUAGAAGCUGUCAUCUUCUCAUCCCUCUGGGCCUUUGGCCUUGGGCAGGCGACAUUGAAGCAACAUGAAAUAACAGUUUCCAGAGCAAGAGAUAAGAGUGCCCACAUAUCAUGCAACGUGUCUGCUAAGAACUUCAACAGUGAAACCAUAUACUGGUACCGGCAGAAACCAGAUCAGGAGAUAGAAUAUCUAACAGAUGUCAUAACAGACCGUGUUCAAGUUCCCUUAGACGGGAAGAACAACAAAUUUGAGGCAAGUAAAAACACUCAUACUUCCACUUCAACACUGAAAAUAAAUUUCCUAGAGAAAGAAGAUGAGGCCAUUUACUACUGUGGCAGCUGGAAUUGGAUCCACAGCAUCACAUGUGAUAACUCAGGCUGGAUCAAGAUGUUUGCACAGGGAACUAAGCUCAUAGUAAUUCCCCCAGAUAGAAGCCUUAAUGUAGACAUUUCCCCCAAGCCCACAAUUUUUCUACCUUCAGUUAUGGAGCAAGAACUCCAUCAGGCUGGAACAUAUCUUUGUCUCCUUGAGGAUUUUUUCCCGGAUGUUAUCAAGAUAGAUUGGAGAGAAAAGGAUGACAAAACAAAUCUGACAUCGCAGCAGGGAGACACCGUGAAGACCAACAACACAUACAUGAAAUUCAGCUGGCUGACCGUGAGUGGAGCGUCAAUGGAUAAAGAACACAAAUGUAUCGUCAAACAUGAGUGGAAUAAAGGAGGAGUUGACCAAGAGAUUCUAUUUCCUCCACAGAAAAAAGAUCUCACUGCUAUUAAUUCUACAAAAGCUUCUCUGAGAUAUAAAGACGAUACUUUGCAGCUGCAGUUCAAGACCACUUCUGCCUUAUACACCUACCUUCUACUGCUCUUCAAGAGCCUGAUCUACUCUGUCAUCGUGGCCAUCUGUCUGCUUGGGAGACCAGCAUUCUGUGGCAAUGGGAAGAGUACCAAUACAUGGUGGCACAAGAGUCCGCUUUUCUCCAAUGGCAAUUGUCGCCAAAGUAUCUGUUGUGGAUCUAAUGGGGCUUUCUCUCUGACACUGUUAUAUUUCAGUUCAGAUGUGUCUUUUUCUAUUGUGUCAUUACUGCAGAACAGGUUUACACACCACUGGGUAAACAGAAACUUUCACUUUGCAGCUAGAACAAAUUCUGCCAUGACUCUGGGGCGGGGCCAGGGGGCAUCAACACAAGGGCAUCAACACCGCUCUCUCCUUAAUGUCCACCAGCUCCUCAGCCACCCAGUCCCAGAGCCUCUGAGCACAGCCAACACACAGCUUCAGCUGCAUCUCCUGGGGCUCUUUAACCAGAUAACUGCUUCAAAGCCAUUUAUUCUACACAUCUGGACUGCCAUCACUGCUGCCUGAGUUUUGUACUGCUUUACAUAAUAGGCACAAUAAAAAACAAUCAAAGUUCUA